UAAUAUAUACACAUAUACAUAUAUGCAGGUCCUAUUGUAUCAAAUAAUGUUUGUUCUUGAAAAAUGUAUACUAUAAAGAUUUUCCCAGAAAGAUGAAAAAUGAGUUGAUGCUACUAAGUGAAGUAUAAUAAAGGAGUGAAAAAAGAUGAAUGCCAGAGUUAGGACUAGUCUGCAGUCUAUGAAAACUCCAUCAAAAAAUGUAAAGGAGAAAGUGGAAAUGCAAGGAAACAGGAAAAUGGGUACUGAGAAAACACCGAUAAAUAGACGAAAAGCAAUCAGGGAGAGAAAGAUGGCAUUGUUACAAGAUGUUGAUAAGCUAAAGAAGAAACUCAGGCAUGAGGAAAAUGUCCAUAGAGCUCUUGAAAGGGCGUUUACUCGACCUCUCGGUGCUCUUCCUCGUCUUCCUCCUUAUCUCCCUCCAAAUACACUGGAGCUUCUUGCUGAAGUGGCUGUUUUGGAGGAGGAAGUCAUUAGGCUAGAAGAGAAAGUUGUGCAUUUCAGGCAAGGAUUGUAUCACGAGGCUGUGUAUAUUUCGUCAUCCAAGAGGAAUAUGGAUAAUGUGACUGAUGCCAUUGAUCAAAAUCAAGUAAAGAGUCCGAAGCAGAAGCAAACGAAGUUAUCACCUCAACUGGAAUCAAAUUCAGCUUCAUUUUCCGGAAGACAUGCGCCUUCUCUGUCUGAUGAUAGCUGCUUAAAAGAGAACCACUCAUGGUCUACCACAAAAAGCAAGCAUCAAUCAGUAAAUGCGAAAGUGAAAACUGGCAGAACUCCCGCCAAGAAGAUUCCUGCUGAGAACAAAUUAUCAGAGAAGCGUGUAGAUCCUCAGAAAUUGCAGCUGGAGGACCAAGCAAUGUACCACGGGAGUCUGGAAGAGAGAAUUUUCGUUACUCAAGAUAGAAAACCGUCAUCAGAUGAAAGUCCAAACACAAUCUCGGAAAAUGUAUUGAAAUGCUUGUUGAAUAUUUUCCUCAGGAUGAGCUCCAGGAAGGGCAGGACUACAGCAGAUACAUUACCUUCGUUGACAGGAUAUAAUUCAUGUGAGAGCAUUGAGAAGAAAGAGUUUGGAGAUCCUUUUGGAAUAUGUUCAAAGUUUGAAAGGAGAGAUAUCGGUCCAUAUAAGCAUUUAUAUGUAGUUGAAGCUUCUUCUAUAAAUCCAAAUCGAACAACAAUAUCCGUUUUCCUAGUUCGUAGACUGAAACUUCUGCUUGAGAAACUUGUAUCAGCGAAUUUACAGGGCCUUAGCCACCAAGAAAAGCUCGCUUUCUGGAUCAACAUUUACAACUCAUGCAUGAUGAAUGCCUUCCUGGAGUAUGGCCUACCUGAGAACCCUGAAAUGGUUGUAGCAUUGAUGCAAAAGGCAACAAUAAAUGUUAGUGGACACUUGCUUAAUGCCAUAACCAUUGAGCAUUUCAUUCUGAGGUUGCCUUAUCACUCAAAAUUUACUUUUGCAAAGGGUGUAAAGAAUGAUGAGAUGACUGCACGCAGCAUCUUCGGUUUGGAGUUUUCUGAACCCUUGGUGACAUUUGCGCUCUCUUGUGGAAGUUUUUCGUCUCCUGCUGUGAGAGUAUACACUGCAGCAAAUAUUGAAAAUGAGCUUCAAGUUGCAAAGAAGGAGUAUUUGCAAGCAUCCAUUGGCAUUUCAACAUCAAAGAAGUUGGUAGCAAUACCAAAGUUGUUGGACUGGUAUCUUCUAGAUUUUGCAAAGGAUCUAGAGUCCCUACUUGAUUGGAUAUGUCUUCAACUUCCGAACGAACAUGGAAAAGAAGCAAUCAACUGUCUCGAGAGAAGGAAUAACGAGCCCCUAUCCCAUGUUCUUAAGAUAGUACCGUAUGAAUUUAGUUUCCGGUACCUUUUACACAUGUAAGUUUUGUUUUUCAACAAUAUAUUAGACUUUAAGUUUUUGGUGGUGGUAUAGAGGGGGGAUUCAAAUACAUAGUUAAGUUUUAAGUGUAUAUCUUGUAAGUAAAUUUUGACACUUGGGAGGAGUAAUUAUUUAUAGAAUUACCAUUACAUUAA